CACCUUUCCAGCUUUUUUGUUGUCGGCCUAGAAGAGGCCUGGGCGGCCCAGGGGUCUUCCCAUGGCUUGGCAGAUGCAGCCGCAAAUGCAGCAGAUGCCGCAGAUGCAGGCAAUGCAGCAGCCAAUGCAGCAGAUGCACAACCAGCAGAUGCAGCAUCAGCAGAAUCAGCAGCACCAGCAGCAUCAGCAGAUGCAGCAACAGCAACAGCGGCAGCAGAUGCAGCAACAGCAACAACGGCCGCAGAUGCAGCAUCAGCAGCAUCAGCAGCAUCAACAACAUCAACAGAUGCAGCAUCAGCAAAUGCAACAGCCUCAAAUGCAGCAUCAACAGAUGCAGGCAUCGAAAGGCAUGGGUCAAGCUGGCAAAGGAAGCAAAGGAAAAGAUGGAAAGGGCAUGCGCCCUCCUGCCCACCAGGUCAGACCGCAGAGCCUGGCCCUAUCUCCAUCGGCAUCGGCUCCAUCUGCACAGGGGAUCAUGGUCUCUGGCUGCGCCAAUGAAACGGUCUCAAACAUAAUCAAAGGCUCCUUUUCCGUGGCUGGCAGUAACCAUGGGAAGCACAUCUACAAAAAGGACACUUCAGAUCCGAAUGUGACGGUUCUGAUUUAUUACUGGGAUGAUCGAGACGGUUCAAGCUUUAGCGGUUGGUGGAUCGGACCCAAAGUUGGCGGUGAUCAAGUGUGGUCGCACGCGGACAACAGGAGCUCCCCCACCCCACCACCUGCUGGAUGGCAUGUCCCUUGGGACGGCCCAGUGGAUCCAAGCCUCACGCUCACCUACACCCCAGCCACAGCCAGCGCCGCGCCGCCGCCGGCGCUGCCGGCGCCGGCGCCGCAGCCGGGAAAAGCGGCGGGGAAGGCAGCGGGAAAGGCUGUGGGAAAGGGUCAGGUGGUGGGAGUAAGACCCGUCAUGAAGCCGCAUGAUCUGCAGAUGGAACGAAAGAAGCCAGAAACGAUCGGCCCGGGUGGCCCUCAAAACAACCGCAUCGAGGAGCUCCGACGGAAAUCUGCGGAAGCAGAGGAAGCUCAAAGGAAGCGGCAGGAAGAGAUGAAACGGAAUCGCGAGGAGGAUCUGCAACGACGGAAGGAGAUGACCGCUGCCACCAACGUCCGCAAGGUGCUGGCGAAGGUUCGGGCAGCUCGAGCUGAUUCCUACGAUGCCUUACGCGCACAACUGGAAGAGUCGAUUGCAACGAAUCUGGAAGCCAUGGGCAGCAUCGCUUCGAAGGUGGGACAAGAGGCCGAGGAGGUCCUACAGGCUGCACAGACGCGCAUCGAUGACUUAAACGAGCAACGUGCUCAAGAAGAUCGGGAACGAGCCGAGCAGGAGAAGCAGCGAAAACACGAGGCGGAGAACUCUGUCAAGUUCGUCGAAGAGGCAAAGUCAGAUGCUCAAACGCAGCUGAAGAAAGUGCAGGAGGCAGAAGAGCUGUGCAAAAAGCUGGAGGACGAAGCUGAUCCAACCAAGCUUUUGGAGCGGACUGAGGCGGCUGAAAAGGAGGUCGCUUCAGUCCUGGGCGAGGCCAAUGAGGUCAAAGCUGCCAUCCACGAAAAGCAAAGAAGAAUGCUCACUGAUGGGAACAGCAAGAUCCGAAGAGAGCUCUCAGAGGUCAUGGGAAAACUGGGCGCGGCGCUGCGGAGCCUCAACGCUGUGCUGCACGGUUUGAAGAGCCGCCGAGAGAAGGUGGCCCGAAAGGCAGCUGCGGUGGAGAAGAUGAAUGAAAAGAAGUCGGUCUUUGCCCAGUUUGACCUGGACAAAGAUGGCAAACUGAGCAAGAAGGAGGUGGAAGCCUAUAUGAAGGCAACCAUCAACUUCGAUUUGCCACCAGCCAUCUUGGACCCCAUUGUUCAGAAGUUGGAUCCCAUCACCUAUGCCAAGUUCCGUUCACUGCAUCAGCGGCUCUACAUUGCCAAGUCCGAACUGCUGGCUCGGGAGGCAUUGGGGAUAUGA